GUCCCCAAACGGCUGGCGUACACAUCCCAGGGGGGAAAAACCAAUGCAGAAACUCGCAACGGUGGUCUCCGCACCAUCAUGGGUGCAGCGCCGCGGUGAUGCCCGGACUUCUCCCCCGCCUGACGCCUUCAUCAGCGCCGGCAGCGCGGUGCGUGACCGCACGGACUCCGACAGCGCGAUCGCACCGCCGCCUCGACACGACGAAGAACUGCCGCCGACGAACGGCAGCACCUUCCUUCACUACAUCAACGGUUUGGUGAGGAGGCGCCCUGUAAAUGCAUCCGGCACACACGCCGCCCACUCCAAGUUGUCGACAUGGAAUGAAUCAGGCGUCGCAGCGGCAGCCGGUCGAAGUGGCCGUUGUCGUCACCGCCGGCUACAAUGUGUGCUGCUGCUCAUUUUUCUUCUAUGUCUCCUGUCGAUGCUUCUGCUGAUUCCCGCGGUGCACGGCAUCCUGUGUUUUUCCCCGAAUUCCGCGCCGUCGUCUCCGACACCUCCGCCGCAGCACGCCGUAAAGAGUUCUCCGUCUCCGCCACUCUGGUCGGUGCUCGUUCAUCAUAAAGACGCGGUGGACCGUUUCUCCCAGUUCCCGCGUGGUCGCUGUUUUCUGUUUUUCUUCUGUGAGCCGGUGCGGUGGACGCUGCAGCUGCCGUCGUGGACGCUGCACGUUGUGGAUCCCGCCUGCGUGGAGUGCACCGACCGCGGCAGCUACGCGGAGGCGCUCCCCGCGACGUCGCCAGCGCUGGAGCUGGCCAACGGCGCCGUGUUUGCGUCUCCUGCGGCGCCGCUCGGCCGCAUCGGACCGAUGCUGUUGGCAAUGGCCAGCGUCACCAACGCGGUAAACAUCGCGGCGGAGACGCCGAAGUGGGCGUGGAUGCAGUUCGCCAACAGCGGGGCGCCGCGCCUUGCGCGACCGGUGCGCGCCCCGUAUCUAGCGGUGAUGGGCGUGCCCUCUACCGAUAACGCGAACCGCGCGAGCCUGCGUGAGGCGCAGCGGCAGACGUGGAUGUCGUACAGUGAGGUGGCGCGCGCCUCGAACGGCUUCCGGGGCGCGUUGCUUGUCUUGCACUUACUCGCGCACGUCGAGCCGGUGGGGCAGUCGAAGUCAGCGACGGCGUCCACCGUAGCGCUGUUGGCGCCUGUCAACGCCUCGCACCUUCUGCCCUCUCGCGCCGAGUGGGUGACGCUUUCUUCGGUACGUCUGGCUACGGAGAAGGCGAUGGCGGCGGCGACGGAGCAAGGCGGGGCGACCGUACCUCGCGUGCGCUACACCAUGCCCCGCAUGGCGCUACGAGCGGAUUGGCCGAGCGUCCACGGGUACGACUCGCCGUGCAGCCACGCCUAUCGGGCUACGGUGGGCGGCGCCCCUGGGGAAGAGACGGAUCCACUUCCGUAUUUGACCGAGGCGCUGUCACUGCCGGUUGUGCCGGCUUUCGUGUCGCCUGCGCAGUUCGUCUGCUACGCCUCCGCUAGUCUCUGGCAGGAGGCGCUGGAGCAUCGCAAUGUGAUCUGGAUCGACAUGAUGACGGACCGCCGCCCCACUACGGAUAAGAAGCUCGGGCAGAAUAAGAACUGGGGCCUGCCGGUGGAGGUUGGGAUGAGCCAGAAGCUUAUCCUGUGGCUGGAGUACGCCUACCACGCGUUCCCUGACGUGUCGUACAUCAUGAAGGGCGACGACGACGCGUACCUGAAGGUGCCGCAGUACUUAAACGACGUCCGAUUCCUCCAUAGCGAGAAGGGCAAGCCGAUACUGAGUCGAGAGGAGGUGCGUCUGAUGCCGCGCGACACCAUUCCUUUAGCGAACGAGUCGAUGUGCACCUACUGGGGCAGUACCCGGAGUUACCACGAGGUGCUGUUCAACGCAGGUAUGUGCUUCAUGCUGCAUCGAAAGCUGGCGCAAGCGGUGCUGGAGCCGUCGAUGGCAGCGGCGUCGAAGCCUGCCACGCCUGAGGACGCCGGUGACGGUCGUGGCAACAACCUGCAGGUGCGACUCGCGUUAAAGGAGUUCGACCCCAGCCUCUCCAACGUGUACCGUCGAACAAGAUAUCAAGUCGAGGAUAUCAUGGCUGGCACGAUGAUCAAGCACCAUCGCGCACGCGCGGAGGAGCUGUGCUGGAACAACACGGUGUACUACGUGAGGGAGUCGCUUGCGCGGUUUCACGAUCUGCGGGUGGGGCGGGCUCGCAGCGUGAGGUGGACCUCCGUUGUCGUGCAUCGCUGCUCUGCCACGGACUUCCACUUCAUUCAUUACUACUUCACGCAUGCGCAUCGUAUGCCGGUCCUUGUGAACGCCACCAACGCGGAGGAGGAAGCUGCGGCGCAGCGGAGCGCCUGGGCGUGGGUGGCGCAGCAAAAGCUGAAGAUGCCGCAGUACAACACUUGGGAUGACACGCCGUCCGUGCAGUGGGUGCCGCGCGAAGGUGCCCAGAAGACGGCGGCACACGUGAUUGUGCCUGGAGAUGCGGUGGCCGUGUACAUGCAUGGCUAUGCGCCGUAUUCGAACGCAAAAUAUGAAGUGCGUAACGGCUAUAUUUCUACUCCGUAA